UCACGCCUCGGAGAGACCCAGACAGGAAAAAGGCGCUUCGCUUUCCCCCAUUGGGACCCAGCGAACUACAGCUCCCGAAGGGCUGCGAGCGAGAGCCAAUCUCGCUUCCUGCCCCGGUCUCGCCUCGCGCGGCCUGACUCCGGCCGUGGCGGGAGGCGAUGGGGGACGCCGGGAAGGAGUCGCUGGUGCGGUGCCCCGUGUGCCUGCGGGAGCUGCCCGGCGCGCACAUCAACUCGCACCUGGACCAGUGCUUGCAGGCCGGGAAGAAUGAAUCGGAGCCGGUCUCGUCGCCCCCCUCCAAGCGGCUGCGCCUCGCCACCGCACCGGCGGGGAAGCCGGAGGAGGCCCGCCCGGCCGCCUCCAGCCCUGUCUUCUCUCUCUUUCACAAGGGCCGUGACGGGGGACAGAGUCCAGGAGCCCCCGGCGGGAGGAGCGGGACAGGGCGGGAGGAGGCCUCUGUGAAGCCGGAGGAAGGAGGCUCGGCGGCGGCGGGCAGCGAGCUGGCGCUGCGCGGGGCGAGCCUGGCGCAGAGGCUGGAGGGGAAGCCCCUGGCCGAACAGCUGCGGCCUGACACACUGGGGGACUACGUAGGGCAGGAGCGGGUGUUGGGAGCGGAGACCCUGCUACGAUCCCUGCUGGAGUCCCACGAAGUUCCCUCCCUCAUCCUCUGGGGGCCACCGGGCUGCGGCAAGACUACACUGGCCCACAUCAUAGCCAACAGCAGCAAAAAGAAUGGCACGAGGUUUGUGACGCUGUCGGCCACAAGUGCUAAGACAAAUGAUGUCCGAGAUGUCAUCAGCCAAGCCCAGAAUGAAAAAAGACUCUUCAAGAGAAAAACCAUCCUCUUUAUUGAUGAGAUCCAUCGUUUCAAUAAAUCUCAGCAGGACACCUUCCUUCCUCACGUCGAGUGUGGGACGGUGACCCUGAUAGGAGCAACCACAGAAAACCCUUCCUUUCAAGUCAAUGCUGCUCUCCUGAGCCGGUGCCGGGUGAUCGUCCUGGAGAAGCUCUCAGUCGAAGCUAUGGAGGCAAUUCUGCUGAGGGCCGUCAGGUCCUUGGGAGUCCAGGUUUUGGGCCAAGGCAAGCAGCACAGCAGCUCUGUGACUGGCAGUGACAGCAAAAGCUCGGAGUUCCAGGUGUACAUAGAGGAGAAAGCUCUCAGUACCCUAGCUUACCUUUGUGAUGGUGAUGCAAGGACGGGACUGAACGGACUCCAGUUAGCGGUUCAGGCCAGAUUAGCAGCAGGGAAGAUCACUCCUUUGAACCCUACCAGAAGUGAUUCUGCAGAUGGCAUUCUGAUAACUGAAGAACACGUAAAGGAGGGGCUGCAGCGAUCUCACAUCCUGUAUGACCGAGCAGGAGAGGAACACUACAACUGCAUCUCUGCCCUGCAUAAGUCUAUGAGAGGCUCAGAUGAAAACGCUUCCCUUUACUGGCUUGCUCGAAUGCUUGAAGGGGGUGAGGAUCCACUCUAUGUGGCAAGGAGGCUGGUGAGGUUUGCAAGUGAAGAUAUAGGGCUGGCAGACCCUCUGGCUUUAACGCAAGCAGUUGCUGCUUAUCAAGGCUGCCACUUUAUUGGGAUGCCAGAGUGCGAGGUGAUUCUGGCACAAUGUGUAGUGUAUUUUGCCAGAGCACCAAAGUCCAUAGAGGUAUACCAGGCAUAUAACAAUGUCAAAGAGUGUCUGAGAAUGCACACGGGACCUCUGCCGCCUGUACCGCUGCACCUGAGAAAUGCCCCGACAAAGCUCAUGAAGAACUUGGGCUAUGGUAAAGGCUACAAAUAUAACCCCAUGUACAAGGAACCUGUGGACCAGGACUAUUUACCAGAAGAGUUGAAAGGAAGAGACUUCUUCAAGGUACAAAAAACCUGAUGACCUGAUUGUACUGGAAUGGAACUUACCCAGCUGUUACUGUGGUUGAAAGUAUUAAACCACUGAGCCUUUUGGAUGCUUUCUUUCCCUUCUGGUUUUACUACUGUUAUUCUGGAGGUGUUUUAUGAAGAUUUGCAGUUAAGCAGUAUAGACAUGGGAAAAAUAAGCUGUGUCAGUGUAGUGCUCUCACUCUCUGAUUCAAACUAACCAAAGCAAAAAUGAGGGACUUGUCUUUCUGGCUCUUGCUGUGAGACCAGGAAUAUUCUUGUGCUGCUUUUAAAAAUCAUUACCUAGUUCAGGUUUUGAGUAGGUUUGUUUUCCAGAAAAAAAAAUAGCAAAUUGUAUCCUCCCUACUAAAAUAAUGUAAGCAAAAUAUAAUUACAAUGUAAUUACUGCUCUUAUGAUGUUCCAGCA